CUCCGGCUGACUUUUCUUUCCCGUCUCUCGGCAGAGCGGAAGGAGCAGAGACGCUGUCUGUCGGUCCACGCUGUUGGUUAGGGACACACACACACACACACACACACAAACCAAGGCGCCUCCGUAACACACAUACCUGUCUGUGUGGCAUGUGACAGUUUAGCGAGUGGCUUUUUUUUUUUUUAAGUGAAGGAAUCGGAAAGCAGGUCGGCAAGAAACGGCACGACCUGUAGAGGGGAUAAAGAGCUCUCUGCUGGUUCCCGGUGACCGAGAUGGAGAGGCUGUGCGGACCAGAGCGUCCCUUCUGGGUAGCCAAUCAGACGCUGCACACAAAUCGACCCGACCUUCCAGAGUGUUUCCAGCUGUCUGUCCUGUCAUGGCUGCCGUGCAUCUACCUGUGGGCCGUCAGUCCGUUGUAUCUGUUCUAUCUCAAGAGAAACAACAAAGGAUACAUCAUGAUGUCCAUAAUGAACAGAAUCAAAACAGUGUUUGGUUUGCUGUUAUGGAUCGUGUGUUGGACAGAUCUCUUCUACACAUUCCACGAGCUGCGGCUGGAAAACAGCCAGCCGCCCAUUUUCUUCAUCACCCCGCUGGUGCUUGGCAUGACCAUGCUGUUGGCCACGUUUCUGAUCCAGUUUGAGAGGUUACGCGGGGUUCAGUCCUCAGGGGUCCUCUUCUUCUUCUGGUUCCUGUCUGUGCUGUGUGCCAUCGUGCCUUUCCGCUCCAAGAUCCUACAAGCCUCCAGUCAGAGCGAAGUGACCGACAAGCUGCGAUUCACCACGUUCUACUUCUACUUCGCUCUGGUGGUCUGUGAACUGAUCCUCUGCUGCUUCAACGAGAAACCGCCUCUCUUCUCCAAUGUUGUCACAGACCCUAAUCCCUGUCCUGAAGCCACAGCGGGUUUUCUCUCCACCAUCACGUUUUGGUGGUUCACGAGUAUGGCCAUUAAAGGCUACAAAAUGCCCCUGGAGGCCAAAGACCUGUGGUCUCUGAACGAGCGGGACAGCUCCAAGAUGAUGGUGCCCAAACUUCUCAAAGAGUGGGAGAAGGAGCAGUCCAAAGCCAAGAGUGAUCCGAAUCUGUCCAGCCAGGCUUUGUACUCCAAACCCCCGCCAUCAACCACCAACCACGUUGGAGGAGGUGAAACCAGCCCUGAAGAAGUAGAGGUGUUGUUGUCCAAUAAGAAAGCUGCUCCCCGCCAGCCGUCCUUCCUGCGUUCCCUCAUCAAAGCCUUCGGACCCUACUUUCUGAUUGGCUCGGCCUUCAAGUUCCUGCAGGAUGUCAUCACGUUCGUCAACCCUCAGCUUCUCAGGAUGCUGAUCUCAUUCACAAAAGACAAGACUGCUCCUAAUUGGUGGGGCUACGCGCUGGCCUUCCUCAUGUUCUUCACAGCCUUCCUGCAGACGCUCAUCCUCCAUCGGCACUUUCAGUAUUGCUUUGUCACCGGCAUGAAUGUACGCACAGCCAUCAUAGGAGCCAUCUACAGGAAGGCACUGGUGAUAACGAAUGCUGCAAAGCGUUCAUCUACAGUGGGAGAGGUAGUCAACCUGAUGUCUGUGGACGCACAGAGAUUCAUGGACCUCACCACCUUCCUCAACAUGUUGUGGUCCGCUCCACUUCAGAUCAUGUUGGCGCUUUAUUUCCUCUGGCAGACCCUUGGUGCAUCUGUGCUGGCUGGUGUAGCUGUCAUGAUCAUGCUGAUCCCUUUAAAUGCUGUCAUCGCCAUGAAGACCAGAGCCUACCAGGUGGAGCAGAUGCAGUACAAGGACUCUCGUAUCAAGCUCAUGAACGAGAUCCUGAACGGCAUCAAAGUCCUGAAGCUGUACGCCUGGGAGAACUCCUUCAAAGAAAAGGUCCUGGCUAUCCGACAGAAGGAGCUCAACGUUCUGCGCAAGACAGCCUACCUGGGAGCGCUGUCCACCAUGGCCUGGACCAGCGCCCCUUUCCUGGUUGCCUUGACAACAUUUGCUGUGUACGUGACUGUUGAUGAGACCCACAUUCUGGAUGCAGAGAGGGCCUUUGUAUCGCUCUCGCUUUUUAACAUCCUCAGGUUUCCACUCAACAUGCUCCCCCAAGUCAUCAGCAGUUUGGUACAGGCCAGCGUCUCACUGAAGCGAAUCCAAAAUUUCCUGAGUCACGAUGAGCUCGACCUGAAUUCAAUUGACAGGAAAAACACACCCACAGAUUUCUCAGUGACAGUUGUCAACGGGAAAUUCACCUGGGCCAAAGAAGAUCCUCCAGUUCUGCACAACAUUAACGUGAUGGCGCCCCAGGGCUCCCUGCUAGCUGUGGUCGGCCAUGUUGGCUGUGGCAAGUCCUCCCUAAUCUCUGCACUGCUGGGGGAAAUGGAGAAACUGGAAGGAGAGGUUUCUAUUCGGGGAUCAGUGGCGUACGUACCCCAGCAGGCCUGGAUACAGAACGCCACCCUGCGGGACAACAUCCUGUUUGGGAGGCCCUUCGAUGACCAAAAGUACUGCUGUGUUAUGAACGCCUGUGCCUUAACUCCUGACCUGGAAGUGCUGCCUGGAGGAGACAUGACUGAGAUAGGCGAGAAGGGCAUCAACCUCUCUGGUGGGCAGAGACAGAGGGUGAGUCUGGCCCGAGCUCUGUACAGCGAUGCUGAUGUCUACCUGCUGGAUGACCCGCUGUCAGCUGUGGACGCCCAUGUGGCCAAGCACAUAUUUGACAACCUCAUUGGCCCAGAGGGAUGUCUGAAAGGCAAAACUCGUAUCCUUGUGACCCAUGGCAUCAGCUUCCUGCCUCAGGUGGAUAACAUCAUGGUGAUGGUGGACGGCAGGGUGUCAGAGAUGGGCUCCUACCAGGAGCUGCUCAAUCAGAACGGAGCCUUUGCAGAGUUUCUCAGGAACUACGCCCUGGAGGAUAUUGUAGAGGAGGACGAGGCCACUGAGGACAUAAUGGAAGAGGAGGAGUUGUUUCCCGAGGACGCCCUUAGCAACCACACAGACAUGGUGGACAACGAGCCGGUGAUCAAUGAAGCCAAGAGAAAGUUUAUUAGGCAGAUCAGUGUGAUUUCAGCAGAUGGAGAGAACCCCAGAUGCCGCUCGGUGAGAAGGCAGACUUGCAGGCAGAGCAAACAAUGUGAGCUACAAGAGAAGAGGAAAUCACAGGGCGGGGAGAAACUCAUCCAGGCAGAGAAGGCAGAAACAGGCAGGGUAAAAUCCAAGGUGUACCUGGAGUAUGUAAAGGCAGUGGGACCUCUCCUGUCAGUGUUCAUCUGUUUCCUGUACUGCUGUCAGAGCGGGGCGGCCAUCGGAGCGAACGUCUGGCUCAGCCAGUGGACCAAUGACGCCCCAAGAAAUCAGACUCAGGAAAAUAUUCGUCUGAGGGUGGGGGUGUACGCAGCGCUUGGCAUUGCACAAGGUGUGCUGUUGUUGGUUAACUGCCUGUUGUGCCGGGGCUACAGUAUGCUGCAGGCAGCCAAGCUCAUGCACUUCAACAUGCUUCAGGGGGUCCUGCGAGCUCCGCAGACCUUCUUCGAGAGCACCCCCACUGGGCGGUUACUAAACCGCUUCAGCAAAGACGUGGAUGCUAUAGACUCCCACAUCCCAGACAAUAUUGACAUAUGGAUGCGCACUUUCUGGUACACACUGAAUGUGCUGCUCAUAUGCUCUGCCCUCACCCCAAUGUUCCUCAUAGUCAUAGCCCCAUUAAUGGUGUUCUAUUGGUGGGUUCAGAGAUUUUAUGUUGCCACGUCUCGGCAGCUAAAGCGUCUGGAGUCAGUCAGCCGCUCUCCCAUAUACUCCCAUUUCUCUGAGACCGUCACUGGCUCUAGUGUAAUCCGAGCCUAUGGCAGACACUCUGCCUUUGUUCUGAUGAGUGAUAUGAAAGUGGAUGACAACCAAAAGAGUUACUACCCUGGUAUAGUGUCCAACAGGUGGCUCGGCGUGCGUAUCGAGUUCAUUGGGAACUGCAUAGUGCUGUUUGCUGCUCUGUUUGCUGUGACGGGGAAGGAGAGUCUAAACCCCGGCAUUGUGGGUCUGUCCGUGUCCUACGCUCUACAGGUUACCAUGUCUCUGAACUGGAUGGUGCGAAUGUGUUCAGAUCUGGAGAACAACAUAGUAGCAGUGGAGAGAGUGAAAGAGUACUCUGAGACCAAGACUGAGGCCCCCUGGGAGGUGGAGGACAAGAAGCCCCCGCCUGAAUGGCCCCAGAAGGGGAACGUGGAGUUCCAGGACUACAGCGUUCGAUACAGAGAGGGACUGGACCUGGUCCUGAAGAAGCUCACUCUGAACGUCAAAGGAGGGGAGAAGAUUGGUAUCGUAGGUCGUACAGGAGCAGGAAAGUCCUCCAUGACUCUCUGCCUCUUCAGGUUGCUUGAAGCUGCUGGCGGAGAGAUCACCAUCGACGAGGUGAAGAUAUCUGAGAUCGGCCUGCAUGACCUGAGGUCAAAACUCACCAUCAUUCCACAGGAGCCGGUCCUGUUCUCAGGCACACUGAGGAUGAACCUGGACCCUUUUGAGAAAUACAAUGACGAAGAGGUGUGGAAAGCUCUGGAGCAUUCUCACCUUCACAAGUUUGUGAGCAACCAGCCGGCCAAACUGGAGCUGGAGUGUGCGGAGGGAGGAGAGAACCUCAGUGUGGGCCAGAGGCAGCUGGUGUGUUUGGCCCGAGCUCUCCUGAGGAAGACGAGAAUCCUCAUCCUGGAUGAAGCGACAGCUGCCAUCGACCUGGAGACAGAUGAUCUCAUCCAGUCGACCAUUCGAACCCAGUUUGAGGACUGCACAGUGUUUACUAUCGCUCACAGACUCAACACAAUCAUGGAUUACACAAGAGUGCUGGUGUUGGACAAGGGACAGAUAGCAGAGUUCGACACUCCAACCAACCUCAUAUCCCAGAGAGGAAUCUUCUACGGCAUGGCUAAAGAUGCAGGGCUGAUGCAGUAGAACUGCCUUCUGUCUGCACUGUUACAAACCAGCCUCGAGGGGCAGCUCAGUUCAGUCUGACUGCACGUCAGAGCUGGCAGUGGAACUAAGGCUUAUCAGGGCACUUACUGCUGGUCUUGAAAAUAGCCUGGACUCCUUUGCAGACUUGGAUCAAUUAGAAGUUGCAACGUAGUGUUUGCCUGAACUCACGACAGGACAUGUACUGUUCAUACUCUGUGAUUGUCUUGAGUUUCUGGCACUGACUGUGUUGUCCUGUGUGGAAAACCAUUUGUCGCUUUGACAUCUAAAUAGGAAACAAAACAAGCCAUAAGUGCACAUACUAGUUGAUCCAAGUGUGUGCUUUAGUGCCUUCUGCCAGUGGGAUGAAGAAAGCCAGUGAAUGUAUCAUUUUGUAAUCAGCUGUUUGCUGCGAAACAACGACAAAAUAAAGAAAAGGAGGAACUUUUUUAUUUUAUUUUUUCUACAAAGAAAAAUGCUGUGCCACUGUACUUUCCUCUUCGAAAAGCAUCCUUUGUGAUAAACCCACUUAUUUUUGUACUCUAACAUUAUUUAAGCUACGUUUUACAGAAUUGUUUCAUUUAGGGAAGUUUGCUCAGUUAAAUGUGAUUCUUUUGUGAACCAAAUCUAUAAAAACUUGAAUUAUGUACCACCAAAAUAUGACAUAUGAUAAUGCCUUUAUUAAAAAAGAAAAAGGAAAAACAA